AUGGCUCGCCCGCAGCUGGAAGGCUCUCUGAGCCGUUUUUGCCACCAGUACCUGCAACUGGAAAAGCAGCUGGACUAUCCGGAUGGCCAUCUUUUGCGCCGGUCCGACGUUCAAGAAGCUUUAUAUGAGAGUCUAUUCGCAGAAGGGGCGGUGCCGUUUCCGCCUCCGCAAAGAUAUCGUGCUAGGGUCUUGAAGGAAUUACUCUCACGGAUAGAGAAGAGCAUCCAUGAUUGGGAAGAGCAGGGAGUAUCAGAUAGCCUUAUGGAGGCCUUUGCCGAAGUCCUAGCCGUGCCCUUACCAUCAGAGAGCGAAGCCGUUCAGCAAACGGAUUACGUCACUUACUACCUGUCACUCCUCAAUGGUGACUCCGAAACCCGCGAAGCCCACCAAGGGACCCCGGAGAAAACCAUCACCCUCCUUGAAUCUCGGGGACUCGUGGCAUCAUUCGGUACCACGGGAUUGCGUACCUGGGAGGCCGCUCUCCACCUAGGCCAAUGGCUCUGCACCGUGCCAGAAAUCAUCAAGGGAAAGCGCAUUCUCGAGUUGGGCGCGGGCACGGGCUACAUCUCGGUCCUUUGCGCCAAGCACCUCGGCGCCGCCAGAGUCCUCGCUUCCGACGGUUCUGAGGAGGUCGUCGCAGGCCUUGCCGACGCCAGCUUCCUCAACGGCCUCCAAGGCUCCGACAAGUUCGCCAUCACGGAGCUGUUCUGGGGCCGCGCCCUACUCGGCACCGAGGAAGCCGAGUGGAACGGCGGCGAGGCGAUCGAUGUCGUCUUGGGGUCGGACAUCACCUACGAUCCUCGCUCGCAGCCGGCGCUUGUGGGUACCUUGGGAGAGCUGUUCGACAUGUUCCCUGGCGUCAGGGUCAUUCUUAGCACCGCGGAGAGAAACGCGGAGACGCUGAGCAGUAUGCUGGACGUGUGUAAGUCCCAGGGAUUAUUGGUGGACUUUAUCGAGUACCCCGCGCCAGCAGCCGUGGAGCAGCAAGGCCCCUUUUAUCCUACAGGCGUUCCGAUUCAUAUUGUCGAGAUUCGAAAACCGUGA